AUGGCCCUCACGACCGUCGAUCAAGUUACCCCGAAUGCGGUUGAAAAGACUCCCGAUGUACUUGUGACCCCUUGCGAUCCAUGGCCUGCGCCUUACUAUUUGGAUGGUGGUUUCCGUCGCGUCACGCCAUACCAUUAUACCUAUAACACCAAUUGCAAGGAACGAUGGCGUGGUCGCCAGCUGGUUGAGAUCUUCACCUCCGAGUUUCGCGAUCGAAAACCAGAAUACUAUAGGAAAGCCCUGGAAGAUGGCCUUGUACAAGUCAAUGGUGUAACAGCCCGCCCCGAAACGACGCUUAAAAACGGCCAGGUCAUCUCACACACACUCCACCGCCACGAACCUCCCGUUACAAGUCUUCCCGUUGGAAUCAUUUACGAAGACGACGACCUCCUAGUUAUUGAUAAGCCUGCCGGUGUACCGGUGCACGCCGCUGGCCGAUACCACUUCAACACAGUUGUUGAAAUCCUGCGCUCGGAGCGCAGCUCCGAAUGGCUACCUCGCCCAUGCAAUCGACUUGAUCGAUUGACAUCUGGAAUUAUGUUCAUUGGAAAGCACCCCCAGGGCGCCGAGAAGAUGGCUACCGCACUCAAGGCCCGGACCGUACAGAAAGAGUAUGUCGCGCGCGUGAAGGGCAAGUUCCCCGAUGGCGUGGUGGUCUGCGACCAGCCGAUCAUGCAGGUCAGCCCGAAGCUGGGUCUUAACCGUGUGCGCGCCACCGGCAAAGAAGCAACAACCAAGUUCCGUCGCCUGGCUUACUACCCUCCCGAAGCAGCGAAGGAGACCGAGUCAUCUAGCGACGACGAGCGUCCCGCUACCCCGCCCGCGAUUUUCGCCAAUGAGAGUGAGGGCUACAGUAUUGUGCACUGUUUCCCUCUGACAGGCCGUACUCACCAGAUUCGUGUUCACCUCCAGUUCUUGGGCCACCCGAUCACCAACGACCCUAUCUACUCCAACCGCCGUGUGUUCGGACCUGAGCUUGGCAAAGCCGAGGUGACCGCAGAGCGUGAUGAAGAGAUUGUCGCGCGACUGUCUCUGAUGGGUAAAACCGAGAUCCCUGACACGGUCUCGUACCGCACUCACCUGACCGCGGCGCCUAAUGUCCCACCCAACACCGAUCCGGUGCUUGUCAACGAGAUCAUGCAUCGCGAGCAAGUAGCCGCAGCUGAGGAUUACGAAAAGCGCAAGGGCGAGCGUCUGUCGGGCAAUUUCUGCGAAGUCUGCGGCACAGAGCUAUACUCGGACCCGGGCCCCCACGAGCUGGGUAUCUUCUUGCAUGCUGUUGCAUACGCCGACAAAGAUGGUGAUUGGUCUUACCGCAGCCCUAUGCCUCGCUGGGGUUUGCCUCCUGCGGGAAUGGAGGGUCCUCGCACGUGUCCGGACUGGGUCCCUGCUGCUGAAGGCGAGGAAAUUGUCAUUGGCCAUGGGACUGUUCCGCCUGGCUUGGGUGAUGAUGACUAUGCUGCAGACGUCAAGACUGGCACCGUUCUUGUAGAAGGCGUUGGUCUUGUCAAUAUCCCUGAUGCUGCUACGAAGAUGAGAGAGUCUCGUGAAGCCACGGAGACAGCUGCUACGAACUAA